AUGCGUGUCCCAUACAUAUCUUUUCUACUCUUGACGGCCAACAUUGUGGCCUCCUUGCCCAAUCCUGGACACUCCAACUCCCGGAAGGCUCCGGACACUGUCGUCAUUGACGGCUAUCGCCUCGUGGAUAUACAGGCACAGCUCAACAGAGGCGACCUUAGUCUCAAAGCUUCCUUGGGUCAUCUCGUUGCCCAAGCCGAUAGUUGGCUUAAUCAGGGCCCCUGGACCGUUACUUCAAAAGCCAAGGCACCUCCAAAUGGCACGAUCCAUGACUAUGCCUCCCAAGCGCCAUACUGGUGGCCUAAUCCCAACACUCCAGAUGGUUGCCCCUAUAUCCAAAAGGACGGUGUGCGCAACCCGGAAGUUGACAAUUACCCAGACAAGAUCAACUCUAUUAAAUUGUUCAACUCAACAUAUGUCCUCGCUCUGGCGUGGUACUACACCGGCAACCCAAAAUAUUCCUAUCAUGCAGCAGAAAUCAUUCGUACUUGGUUUCUCGAUACAAAGACUGCCAUGAACCCUAACCUCGACCAUGCGCAAAUAAUUCCCUGCGCUAACACUGGCCGGUCUAUUGGUAUCAUCGACUUCUCCCAAGACUAUACCGAGGUUAUCGACGCUGUCGCUAUUCUCAACACUGGUGCCCCUGGAUGGAGCAAGGCAGACGCAGCAGCAUUCCAAGAAUGGAACAAACGAUUCCUUCUAUGGUUAGCCUAUUCGCCGUUCGGAGUCAAAGAAUCUAGUGCAACAAACAAUCACGGCACUUUUGCAAACAUGCAAAUCACAGCCCUUGCUCUCUUCACUUGCAACCAUUCUCUUGCACUCACCAAGGCGGAACUCGCAAAGGAAUUUAUCAAUAACCAAGUCACAUCCAACGGCUCCCAACCUCAAGAACUUGCCCGCACGCGGAGCUUCCACUACUCCAACUUCGAUCUCACCGCACACCUACGCUGGGCAUUAAUUGCGCGGAAAGUGGGAGUCGACUUAUUUAAGUACAAAGGCCCACAGGGUCAGACGCUGUUUAAGGCUGUGAAUUUCCUGGUGCCAGCAGCGACCGGCGGCGCGAGUGAUUGGGCGUAUCCGGAGCUGCAGUUUACUCAGUAUGCAGCAACGGAUAAUAUCCACGCAGCGGCACAGGAAGGCGAUCUUACAGCAAAGGAGGCGGUGAAGAAUUUGACGCCCCCUCCUGGGGGUGAUAUUUUUUUGUUGAGGCAGGCCCCGCAACAGUUGGACAAUAUUAAUACUACUUGA